AAAACGCAUAUUUGCGCCAUUUGUCUGCUUCGGCACGAAUAAUACAGAAAUUGCAAAAGUGAUUUAGGUAGCGUAUUCGCAUGUUUUUCCGCCUUAUUUUAUUUGAACUAUAUUCACGUUUGUAAAGCAUUCUCUAAGAUAUCAUUAGUUUUGAAUGUGAUAAUGUCUCGUUACUCGCGGCCACCAAAUUCAUCUCUCUUUGUUCGAAAUGUACCGGACAGCGCUAGGCCUGAAGAGCUGCGAAGAUUAUUUGGAAAAUAUGGUCCCAUCACCGAUGUCUAUAUUCCCCUGGAUUAUUAUAAUCGAAGACCUAGAGGAUUUGCUUACGUACAGUUCGAAGAUAUUCGAGAUGCAGAAGAAGCCUUGAAUGAGUUGGACAGAAUUCGGUUCUUCGGGAGGGAAUUGGAAAUUGAAUUUGCUCAAGGUGACAGGAAAACCCCCCAAGAAAUGCGUGGCAAAGAAAGAAAAGGACGCAGAUCUCCAUAUAGAGGUGGUUCAAGUCGUUACGACGAUUAUCGUCGAAGAGGCCGCUCUAGAAGCAGAUCCCCUUAUUACAGAGAUCGAAGCCCUGGAUAUAGAAAGAAAAGGUUUUCCGCAAGUCGUUCCCGGUCCCGUUCUCGUAGCCGUUCUAAGGAAAGAUACCACCGAAGUGCUUCUCCGCACAGCGAUGCAUAAUUAAGCUAUUUCUUCCUUACCAUAAUAAUUUGGACUAGUUCGGUGUUGACGUAUUUUUUUGUUGAAUCAUUUUGUCAUAUUUCAUCUUUAUUGUAGUGAAUGUUCAUUAAAAGUAUUGUUGUGUAA